AAACACUUCGUAUCCACACCGACUUCGCACGGAGGGUACUUGUGCGCAGUGCGAAAUGGCGGAGCUGGAAUGUACCACAGUAGCAGAAGCUGAGGAGGAGGCUCGCUGAGGUAGUCGGCGAACAGGCUCAGCAGCGUACUGGAGUACCUCUACGACGAGCAGCUCAGACGCAUCCUAGAGGUAUAAAGCAUGCUGUCUUCUCCGCCUAAUUACUUUCCAUCAUCACCACCAACAAUCCAAACCAACAAUCCACUCUUCUCUUCCACUUCCCUUUCGGUUUCUUUCCGUUUCCUGAGUUUUACGCAUCUCCUUACGACACUCACUCCACGAAUCAACCUUCAACCCACCAAAUCAAUCCAAUCCAACCAAAAAUCAAUCAAUCAAAAUGCAGUUCACUCUCGCCCUCGCCGCCGCCAUCUUCGCCUCCGCCAUCAGCGCGGCCCCGGCUAUGCAAUCCCGCGACACCGUCUACCCCCUCAUCAAGGUCUCCGUCAUGAACGACCAAACGGGCCGCUUUGCAACUGUCGAAAUCCCCGGUGACGGCCACGCGCACGCACUUCCCGACCUCUUCCGCGACAGCCCAAUCGACCAGGACGGCGCCAUCAUGGCCACUUCGGCGCAAUUGAUCUCGUACACACCCCUGACGCAUUGCUUCUUCCAGAACGUCAACGACAUUAUCAACAUGUACGGAAAGGGCCAGAAUUAUGUGGAUUUGGACGGCCAGGCUGGUGUUGCUGCUCCCCGCAACAUGAACGCGUUCAAUCUGCAGUGCAACGCUUAAGGGAUUACAGAUUGAGAUGAGAGGAGCAGUGGAUCUUGCAUUUUGGUUUUGUCUUUGGAAUUUUUUUUUUUUUUUUUGCAUAGCAUAGCGUCGGGGGUUUUGAGCUUGGCUUUCAGAAAUUUCGCUUCUUGUCGCUCGUUCA